CAUCCGAGAUAGCUACUGACCCGCUCGGCAUACCCGCUUCAGCUUCGCGCACCGUCUCUGUUCACUCUCUGUACGUGCCAAGAUGAAGGGGCUCGGCAAGGCCAUCGUGCGGACGCCGCACAUGCUCACAAGCAAGGUGGGCAUGGCAAGCAAGUCGAGCGACCCAGAAUUCGAUGACCUGAACAGACGCUUUACCGUCGUCGAGGGCAAUGCGACUAAAUUGCUCAAAGAUGCGGAAGCCUAUCGCUCCGCCGCAGCCUCCCUUAUUGACAGCGCUGGCAACUUCUCGGGCAACUUCGCGGAGCUGUUUCAGCCCAUCGGCGACGAAUAUGGACUUGAUGCCAAAUAUCCAGACGCGGUCGACACCAUCAAGAACAUAUCAAGUUACCGUGGUGAUAUGGCAGCACUUAAGGAGGCAAUACAACCCGAGCUCGAACUCAUCGAUGCUAGGAUUAUCAUACCCGUCAAGGAGUAUAUUGAGCUCAUAAAGAAGGCGCGAAAGGCCAUCACAAAGAGAGAUCACAAGCUCAUCGAUUACGACCGGCACAACAACGCAUAUGUCAAGGCGCGUGACAAGAAGGAGAAAUCGCUCAAGGAGGAGCAGAACCUCUUCAAGCUCGAGCAAAAUCAUGAGCAAGCAUCGCAAGAAUAUGACUACCAGAACACGCUUCUCAAAACUGAAUUGCCGAGAUUCAUCGAGAUCUCUUUAGCUUUCAUCAAGCCUCUCUUCGAGAGUCUCUAUUUCAUGCAGCUCAACAUAUUCUACACGAUGCACGAAUCUCUGGAAGCGUACACGUCUGGCAAGAUAGAGCACGUCAGCGAUGUCGAGCACGCGUAUACGGCCAAGCUGGGAGAUGCAGGCGAAAAGGUCGCCGAGCUUUCCAUAAUCCGUCGAGUGGGAAGUACCCAGAUGCUUCUUGCUCAACAUCGGGGCGGGGCUGGUGCAGGCUCGAGCUUGAGCCCUUCAAGGUCGUCAACGCUUGCCAGUGCAUCAUCGACAACUUCGCCCACCCGGCCCUACGGUGCCAAACCAGUCUCGCCAGGCCUCAACAGAGCGACAUCGGGCACCUACUCCGCGCCUCCUCCCUACACCGGUGGAGCGGUCGCUGCCGCCGGCAAUGGAGUCGCAAAGAGGCCACCGCCACCUCCCCCGCCCAAGCCUGGCGCGCGCGUCACAUACUGCACAGCGCUGUAUGACUUUACAGCACAAGCUGCUGGCGAUCUCUCCUUCAGUGCUGGCGAUCGCAUCGAGCUCGUCGAGCGCACGGCGAGCACAGAGGAUUGGUGGAAAGGCAAGCUCAACGGCCAGUCGGGCAGCUUUCCAGGCAACUACGUCGAGAUUGCACAGUAGAGCGUCACUGCCGUUGUACUUCUAGUCACUCAUCGCGUUCUUGUCGUCUCCGGCCUUUCAUUGAAACAGAGGAAGUACAACACGCUCCCACUCGUUUUCCCAUUGACACCAUCUUGCUUGCUCUGCUCCGUAUCGUGAGUCUGUGAUACCGGCUCGGAGAAUGUCGAGCAUCGAUGGAAAUUCUCUGAAUUCUCGUAAAGCCGUAAUGAAUCUAUCUGCAAGAUCGAGAGCGU